ACAUAAUUACUUCAAUUACCUCGACAACGGUGCCCCCACACAUUGACCCAUUGACUCUGUACCGGUACCCCUGUAUGUAUAGCGCCGCUCCCCACUAUUGGAAUUUACUGCUUCUCUUUAAUUAUUUGCUAGCUAAUUUCUCUUAUUUUUGGGGGGGGAUUUUCUAAAAACUGCAUUGUCGGUUAAGGGAUUGUAAGUAAGCAUUUCACUUUAAGGUCUACACCUGUUGUAUUCGGCGCAUGUGACAAAUAAAAAUGUACUUGUUUUGAUUUAGUCAGCUAUAAUUGAGUGAAACCACUGUCAAGCUUCAGCCUCAACAUGGAACUGAAAUGAAAUAGCUGUCAAAAUAGGAAUUCGUAAGGCAGCUGAAAUCUUUUGACCCUGAAAAGUUUGACCUCAACACUGGCGAUUACAGAGUAACUCGUUAGCUGGUUAAAAAGGACUGUCAAAAACAAAUUGACCCUAAACUGAGCUUUGACUUGGCAAAGUAUUUUUAUUGGUACUUGUAUUAUGUAUGAAGACCAAUUAACUAUCACCAGCAGUGUUCUCUCUAAGGUGCACGCGUGCGCGGGCAAGCAGCUCACCAAGACUGCCUCAACAGAAGAAAUAUUAGCCAGCGCAGAGUAGCACGAGAUUGAACUGCAAUCGACUUUCUAAAGUUUUCCCCUUUAGACACAAUAGACAUUCCUGCCUUACAUUGGGAAUUGUGAUCGAAUCAACCCAAUAUUUGCCACUUUCAAUGCAACAUACUGAAACAAAACAAACUAUGCACGAUUUAGAAUGCAAAACUAACUGUGAAAGAGAUUGUCUUGUAGGCAGAGCACAUUGGAGUAGGAUUCUAUUACGUUGACAGGCGCGACUCAGGCCUGUACUCUACACAGGCAGGUGCACCACAACCAAUCAGACCUGCAGUAGGCCUAUGUGCAAAUAGCCAUUGCCAUAUACUGUAUGGAUCUGUGCCAUUCACUUUGAACUGGACUGUGUUUAGGCUACAGCGGUCACGAGUAGAUGCGCUUGUUUUGAGAUCAAAGUGAGAGCUGCAUGCAGCCACAUGUGCACAUUUUGGCAAUAUUCUUUGCUAGUUAGUGAGUUAUUAGCCCAGCUAUAGCUAAUUUCUAGUCAACAAUGGGGGAGUGGUUGUUUCCUACAAGAGCACAGAAUGUGUGCAUUUCUAUUCAUCUUUGAAAAGCAAGUCAGGUGAAGAGCUUUAUUGUAUGUCUUAAAGGGGAAGCGUUGCAUUUUGAGAUUGUCUUGAAUAGCUAAGUAGCCAAUAGGCAGAGCAUAGCAUAAUUUGUCUGAUUCUUUUUUUUGUAAAGAGGUUUCUUGCAUCAAACACAACAUUUUCAGACACCUCCUUGUCUGAAGAACAAGUGGAUUAGCAGGUUCAUGACAAGCCCUGCAUAUUUAUUUUCAAAAGUCUCAUGGAAUGUAGGCAUUGAGCCCCAUACAUUGGCUGCUACUGUAGGCUGAAUGAUAGAACAGCUAUUUCCAUGUUAAAAUGUUAUGGGAUGCAUAUCCUCCGUUUUCUUUGACGGUAGGCGACUCUGGUAGGCCUACAUUAUGAUCAAAUAGCCACAGUAGUCUACUUGGCCACUGUUAAAGCUGUAACUUAAAGCGGGUACAGCCUCAGUGUUCACAGUAAACACACUUCAUUUUUUCGAGGGAACUUUGAUAACCAGUAAUGUUUUACACCAUCCAUAUAUCCCCAUCAUCCCUGUAAGACGCCCAAUCGACUUCAGCAAUCCCCAGGAGGGUGUGUGAGCAUGAUGUCUGCCUGUAAGGAAGCAAAGGGUGUGGUGUACAUUCGAUGCUUCUCAACCUUCACUGAACCCUUGACCCUGAUCAUUGAGCCCCAGCCCUAAUCACUCCCCUGCUCUGGUUUCCUGUCACAACGCCUGGUACACAGCCACUUCCUGUGUUCUAAGGGAGGGGCUGAUUUAGAAGUUACAUUUGAGGAACAUUGGGUCAUAUUGGGACAUAUGUGACAAGAGUGGGGGUUUGCAGCCAGGUCUAGAGAGACAACUCACCAUCUCAUUCAGCAGCUUGAGGAUGCUGAUCGUGAGCUCCUUUCCUGCAUGUAAAAAGGUACGUGAUUUGGUUUCUAUAUUAUAAAGGCUUGUUCUACCAGGGUUGCAGGGUUCAAUUGAUAACGUCAGUAUGGAAUGGGGAAUUGAUGGCCAUUCAAUAAACUCUCCGUUUUGAGCUCUUUAUGAUCAGCUAAGGCUCAUGGCAUGAAGAUGACCUGUAGCAAGUUCAAGUAUUUCAAAAGUACAAUGAUUCCUUUGCUACUUUUACUUUUCUUAAUGUAAUGCGGCAAAUCAAUAAAGAUUCAGUGCACUGAAAUACAAUUUAGUAGGUCAUGUCGGCAUGGUAUUAAAAAGGAAGAAAUUGAAUGUUCAUGCACCAUCUAAGUUUACUCUUGGGAAAGAAGCAAAGCUUGCUUGAAUAAUACCCAGCCUUUUCAUUUCAAGGAUUCACAUUGACUCUGAUCAAGAAACAAUUGGCACAGCAAAGCUGUCUCGCAUCUGAAGGGAUGUUCCUGAGCGAGCAGCCACUCAUGACAUGAACUUCUGGACACACCCAUUGAGAUAAAAAAAAAAAAAAAAAAAAAAAAACUGAGGUGAUUCAUCCGACGAACUCAGAGCAAGCAGCAGCCCACUUCCAAUUGUCAUGGCAACAGCACGUGAAUGCAUUGGGCCAUCGGUGCAGACUGUAGAGUGGAUGUAGGAGUGCGGCAUCGGAAGCCACAGCUCUAUCUCCUGAAGCAAGCUGUAAGUAUGUAUUUAUUCAAGGAAGUCGAGGGUCUCUGUCUAUCUACAGUGUGUACACGUCUCCCUCGCUAUCUCCAUCUCGCUCUCAUCUAUCUGGAAAGCUGAAUGAAUAGUGAAACCCUGUUCUCUAAAGAGGAGCCAUCUCACCAAGGAUCCAUCUCUGCUCAGCCAAUCAGCCUGUGAUCUGCCCGGUCUCUCAGGCCUGUCUCUGAUGCCAUGGAGCACAGGGCCCUGAUGUGUACCAGUCAACCCUGGAAGGGGCCCAAAGGCUCCACCUUCACCCCCAACUGGGACGCCCCAUCAUGUCGACCAACCGUGACGUCCGCUUGCCCUGACGUGGUAAAGUCCCCGUGCCAACAUGCUGCAAACAUAUGUCACCCUUCAGAAGCCCCUGUGACCUCCCAGUCCCAGCAGAUUGGCCCCCACGCCUCAACAUCCUCUGGGUUCUCUGCCACUGCCAGUAGAAAAGGUGAAAAUGAGUGUAAUAUAUUCGUCCCCAUUCAAAAUGAGGAGACGGUCCUGCCAGCAUACAACCCUGUGUUUCGCGGACGCUCCUUCUCCGCAGCCACUGCCUCACACCCAGUCCCACCCAGACGCAGAUGUGACAGCUACGUCCACCUAUGCCCUGACAACGGCUCAGAGGACACUAGCAGAGGCGACGCCUCCCAGUUGAGCCCAGACGUCUCCCCUGAUCACGGUGGUUCACGGUCGCGGUCCCGCAGCAUCAUCCUGAGGAAGACCAAGAGGAGGCCGGCGCCGCCAACCCGUAGCGUGUCCCUCCGGAGAGAAUCUGCCACCAAGCUCAGAGACAACAGGACUAAGAGCCUUUAUAUCGACAGGGACCCUGACCCCCAUGACUCCUUCCUGCCUGACCUCAUCCUCAUCUCCACACCGAGGACAGAGGAGGCGCUGGGCCUGGAGCAGUCCCCUGCUCAGCCUGUACAGGCCCGGGUUGGGCCACCAGUCAACGACAAUGGGCAGCUACGUGAAGUAAGGUCUAUUGAGCCCUGCUGUCUCAUGUCAAGCUCAGGUCCUGCUAUGGGUAUUACUGUAAAUGAGGGAAGAAAAUCCUCCAGCAGGUCAGAAUCAGUCAGACCCCUUCCCCCCUUGCAACGCCCACAGUCUCUAACUUGUAAGCAGUCCCCCUUCCAACAACUUGCCUCAGUCUCUCCCUCCAGUGGCCAGUCCAGCUCUCAGUGUGAGACUCGUCCCCCUCCUGUCCUCACAUCUGCCAUCACGGGACCCUCCCCCUUGGGCUGCAGGAUGCGCCCCAAGUCCUCCACCUCGCCCACCUCCCCCAGAGCCAGGACCAGCAGGCUGCGGCUAUCCCUGGAGUUGCCAGGGGUCGUCCCUCUCCCAGACCCGGCGGCGGUCAAACCCAAAGCCACCCGGCGCCACUCAGAGUCCUCUGGGUCGUCUGGCACCACCAGACCCAGACAGAGACUGAGCUCCAGCAUGAUGGUGAUGCCUGUGGUGACCCAGGAGGAGCUCAGCAAUGUGCGUUUGCGUUCCGUCAGCAGCUCAGACUCUGACAAAGGACUGGAGGGCUCACCUGAAGUCAUCAGGGAGGAGGAGCUGGAACAGGAACAGGAGUUGGAUUGCUGUCCACUAGUCCACCACAGUCCUAAAGCUAAACCACCUGUUGCUGCUAAGCCACCUGCACACAAGUGGCCACCGAUACAUUUGGCAAAGUCUUCCUCAGUCUCUACUCAUUUCUCAGAGACAGUUCCAGCCUCACCAAGAGAGAGCCAGGGAGACUUGUAUAUGGUGGAAAGGAGACCAAAACCUAAAAGGUCGCAUCAGCUUCCUCAUGUUGCCAGUGAUGGGGUUAUGGUUGAGAGGCAGCAAGCUGUAGACAGGCAACAGUAUGAUGUGAUUGACCCACACCCACCACCCGCCUCCUGCCAUUCAGAGACCAGGGAUGUGAGAAGGACCUCAUUUCUCCUAGCUGAACUGGAUAGGAAGAAGAAGUUGGUUCCCCCUCCAGUCGCAAAGAAACCGGAUGUCCUCUUCAUGUCCUCCAUCAGCUCACUGGGACAAAAGAGUAAUAGGAGCCAUGUCUGGUCUGGGCCCAGUGGUGCUUACCAGUCUCCUGCCACUGCAUACCAGUCUCCUGCUAGUGAUUACCAGUCUCCAGCUAGUGCAUACCAGUCUCCAGCCAGUGCAUACCAGUCUCCUGCCAGUGCAUACCAGUCUCCAGCCAGUGCAUACCAGUCUCCGGCCAGUGCAUACCAGUCUCCGGCCAGUGCAUACCAGUCUCCUGCCAGUGCAUACCAGUCUCCGGCCAGUGCAUACCAGUCUCCUGCCAGUGCAUACCAGUCUCCUGCCAAUGCAUACCAAGACAAAGACUAUACUGGACAAGAUCUCAACCAUCACAGUAUAAGAGAUGGGUUCUUCCUAGAUGAGAACUGUGAAGGGAGGAGGGCAAUGCCCCAGAUGAGAACACUGUGCCUCGGGGAGCAGGAGGAAGAAGAGUUGGAGCACAACUCACAGUCAACUACUGAGGACCUAUUCACCAUCAUACACAGGUCCAAGAAGAAACUCCUGGGUCGCAAAGAAACAGCUGACAGCAGGCAAGGUUACGGAUCCCCCAUUAAAGGCAUCCAGGGGGUUAUCCAGAAGUCAAGCUCCAAAAAUGACAACUUCAUGGCUUUUCUGCAGAGGCGGAGGAGCAACAAACCCAACUCUGGGGAGAGACUGUCAGCCGCUGAACUGCUGAAGAGCACCAAACCACUGGUCGGUCAACCAUAGAGCAUCAAGCAACUCCAAUGUUCAUGUCUCUCAAUGUGUUGCAAACACGUAUCACUCAAUAUGGGGCAUGAGAGUAUUGUGGACAAUCAGGGACGGGGGGGUGGGGGUGGGGGGGGCUAUUGUUUAUAUUGCUUCAUGUGCUACCCCGACCACUUGUUUCUGUGAUGGCAAUACAGCGUACGGAGGUCUAACUGUGAAUAUGACAACAUGUCGGCCAGCUGUGUUUCGCUUAUGAGCUGAGACAAUCUGACAAUCUGACAGUCAACAUAUUUUUCUUGCCUUGACUUGUGAUGCUUACACCAUUUGUUUUUGAGCUGCCAACAUUUGUGCUUUUGGUCAUGUGUCGCUCAGAAAUAAAACAGAAGCUGCUUUGUGUGUCUAUGACGAGAUCAUUAGUAUGCUUCUGACCUAACCCA